GGAAUGGCAAUCAAUGCUGGGUGGCACUAGCCUUGCUUGCUUGUUUGCUUGAUUGCAGCAGUAGCCCCAACUGAAGCUCUUCCUCAGCAUAGUGAAGCUCACGAGCUCGUCCACUUCUCUUGUCCACGACCGUGCAAUUCUGCUGUUUCCACUACGGCUUUUUCUCCACUUUCCCAAGGUGCAUUGUCCAGGUUUGCAGGAAUGGUUUGCAACUGACGUUGCGGUAGUAGCAGAAGUUGCCGGCAUGGACUUUUACAGCGUAUGCAGGCUGCCAUCAAUUGAUAGUGUUAGGGGUUCUAUUCAUAUUUAGAGAAGGAGCGAUAUUUGCGCAUUUCGAUGGCAGCUUUGGGUAAGCGCAAGGCUGAAAAAUCACCUACUCCUUCUUCGGAAGAAGAGGAGGAAGAGGCUGGGAAUGGGAACGAGGUCACAAGUGGCUCUGAGGAGCUGGAUUCUGACGAGAGCACUGACCCUGAGGAUGAACUCAAUACCAGUAGCGACUCCGAACACAGCUCUCAACCUUCACAGGAGAUCGUGGAUGUUGACUUUGAGUAUUUUGAUCCAAAGCCGAACGAUUUUCAUGGUAUCAAGGCAUUGCUGCGCACAUACCUGGACGACGAAACGUGGGAUAUCAGUGGCUUUACAGAUUUGAUAUUGGCACAGACAACUGUGGGCACUGUCGUGAAGGCUGACGAGGAUGAAAGUCCUAUUGCCCUUCUCACUGCUCUUAACAUUGGCCGCUAUCAGAAAUGCAGUUGCAUGGUGGAGAUUCACAAAUACUUGCGAGUUAAGAGCGCACAUAAAGUUGAAUCAGCUUUGUUGGAGGAUUUUUGGGGUAAAUACGCAAGGGAGGUUGCUCUUUUAAUCAGUGAACGGCUGGUCAAUGCGCCUCUUGAAUUGGCUCCUCCUCUGUACCAAGGUCUUUUUGAGGAAAUUUUGUGGGCUACAGAGGAUGAGCCCACACAGGAAUUGCGGGAGUCCUUCAAAAUCAAGCACUACUUAUAUUUAACUAAAGUUUUUGAAGAAGUAACAGAGGAGAAAAGUCGAGACAAGGAGCAGAGGAAAAAGCAAAAGGAAGAGUCUGAAGCUACUGGACAGCUUAUAUACAUAAAACCAGAAGAUGAGAUUCUGCAUGAGUUAAGUUCUUGGUCAUUCACGUUCCCAGUUACAGGAGACGGUGCGGCGGCUAAUCAGACUAAGGGUUUGCAACAACUGCGGUUAGUAAUGGCUGUGGAUGCAAAACACGAAGAAAAAUUUCAAGCGGAAUUGAAGAAGCUAAUUGAAUGACGAGGUUUCAUCGCCAGGUUUAGAGCGUCUUCGUGUGGUGUUGUGGUUCCCUGUGGGGUCUAUCACUUCGACCAAGGUGUUGGUUUAUAGAUACAUGCAUCUAUCCAAAUUAUUAUAUUUUCCCCACGUAUUCAAAAACCCUUUGUUUUCGUGUAUCAAUGAAUCGAAGUGACGUGAGAUCUUGCUGUGACCAAGUAAUUUGUCUUAA